GUCGUUUUCAUAGCUGUCCCGCAACGGCAUCUACACGCCGACGCCGCCCGUUUCGUUAUCCGCGCCCGCCGUGUAAGAUAAUUAAAGAAAAACACGCUCAGUUUUCUAGCCGUACAAUAAUAUACGUUUUAUACGUUUUAUACGUUUUAUACGUUUUAUACGUUUUAUACGUUUUUUUGCCGCGUGCGUUAUUGUACCGUUACAAGUCUCGUUCGUCUCCGCGAGCACGUAAGUAAACACCGUCUACUCGUUUUGCUGAAUAUUUUCACCGUCGGAUAUUUCCGUAAUAAUUGAAAUCUGUCGGCGCGUAACAAUUCUUAUGCCGCCGUAACGGGCGCAGUUUAACCUCUCGUUAUUUUCACCUCUGGGGCGGACAGUAUUUUGCGAAGUCGACUUUUACUAACAGCGACGGAUAAAUUUGACUCCCCCCCCACCUCUUCCACCAUUAUAAUUUGUAAAAACUGCUCUUAGAUUAAUUUCAUAUUUUAAAUUUAUAUUGAUAUUGAUAUGAAAUUUUAUAUUUUUAUUGAAUAAUUCCAAUUUGUUAACAUUAAUAAAAUGUUAAUUAAUUUUUUAAUUUCUAGAAUUCGUGUUUUUUAUAUUGACUUACAUUCAAUUAUAACAGAAAAAACUUUCUUCCCCGCCCUUAUUUAUGGCUGUAAUGCAACAUCUAACACAAAGUUUUCUAUUAUUUUUCAAUUCUUAAAGGGUAUUAGUAAAAAAGUACACAAGUUGAUGUAAUUUACAUGUAUCAUUCAUACUAUUUAACUAAACUUUCCAAAUUAUUCCAGAUAUUUAUUCCAUUUUAUAUUUUUAUAAUUUCCUGUAUACAAGGAAAAACUAAUUACAUUUUUAUUCUACCUGUACAACCAUUUUAGUUUACUUAAUAUGAUCAUGGUAUGUUUUUAUUUUUAUUAUUUUAACAAAAUUAGUAAAUUUCAAUUAAAUUGUAAACAAAAAUGUAUCAGAUAUAUGAUGAGAUAAUCAUACAAAUUGAUUGAUUUAUGUAAACAUUUUUUAUUUUCAUCGGAUUGAAGUAUUAUUGAUAAUUUUUUAAUGUCAUACAAUAACUCGUGUUCAUAAUUUUUAGCCAUAUUUACAAGACUAUGAUACCCACAAAGCUUCAAAACGCAACCAGUAUUGCAACAACUAAUCAUGUUGAUGAACUGCAGAAAAAAAAUAUGCAAGAUACCUUUACUAAAUCGAUAGAUGUGAGUCUUUGGGUUGUAAAUCUCAAUGAAAAAGUUAUUUUAGAUAAAUAAUUGUCACAUUUUUUACUUUUUCUAUUCAACUAACCAUCAACUAACUAUUAUGUGUUGUUGAAAUAUUGAAUAUUUUUUCUUAGUUAUCAUUAGUUUGUUUGUUAAUUGAAAGUUAGAAAAAAAAAUAAUUUUAUUAUAAUAUACCUUUUAAUUUUUCUUGUGAGUUGACAACUGUCUGUUUUUAAAAAAAAUUUAUAUAAAUACUUAUUUCCCAUAAUAUUCUGUCUGUACAAUUUGCUCAUAUGAAAACUGUCGACAGCUUGGAAAUCUUUCAUAUUGUUUAUUUUUCAAUCAUUACAGAAAUAUCGUAAUUUUAUUUAUUAUGCCUAUGUUUGUAUUGAGAUAUCAUUGUUAUAAUGUUUUAAUCUAUAUAAUCAGAAGUAAGAGAGGAAAAUUUGAUUGUUGAACUAUGUAACUUGUAUGAAAUUUGUGUAAUUUUUAGUUCAUGUAUAAUAUGGGUGUCCAAGAACAUAAUUAAAAAUAAGUAAUGUGGUUUAAUGUAAUUUCAGUUUCCCAUUUUUAGUCUAAUGUAAAUCAUAAUGUGGUUUUGGAGAUGUUUUUAACGAUCAAUAAUAAUGAUUUUAACAUUUGUCUAAUUAUUUUUAUGAUACUAUUACUAUUUAAUAAAAACAAAUUUCAGGUUAUUUUGUCAGACAUUGGAAAGCAUCCAGUUAAUAAAGUAAAUGAAAUUAUGGAACUUUUAAAUAAGAACAAAGUAGAAUACACAUAUUUGGAGGUAAAUGAUAAAUUUGAAGAUGCUCAGAAUUUCAAGUGUAUAGUUAAAAGUGAUUGCAUAAAUGGUAAAUUAUAUAAAUUGUAUUAAACUAAUUAUUAUAUAUUACUAUUAAUGUGCAUAAUAGUUAUAAAGUUAAAUGUUAUAGCUUAUGGUAUUGGGUUUUCAAAAAAAGAUGCAAAAAAAAAUGCAGCAAUUGAUUUUAUAAAUAAAUUGAAAUCUAAUUUUGACAACAUUUUGAAAGAGUAAAUAAACUACUAACCAUAAAAAAACAAUUGCAUGACUUACAUUUUGUUUCUUUUCAGUGAAGAGAAAAAUUGUUUAGCUGAACCAGAGGUAAAUUAUGUUGGUGUAUUGCAAAAUUUUUGCAUGGCAGUUCCUUCACAGUUGCCAGAUUAUGAAUGUAUAAAAGAUGAAAGUAUAAAUAAUAUGUUCAUAGUGAAGUGUCACCUUUAUGGGUAUACUACUAAAGGUAUGUAUUUUCAGAAAACUAUAAUACUUAAUGAUAUAUAUAAAUAAAAUGUUGUUCUUAAUUAGGCGAAGGUAAAAGCAAGCAAAUAGCUAAAAAGAAAGCGGCAGCUUUAAUGUAUAACCAAAUCAAAGAUAUGCCACGAGAUAGAAUUUUAAAGCAUUACUUGAAUGAACGCGGAAUAUCCAGUAGAGUUCUAAAGAAAAUGAAUUGUUCUGCCAAUCAUACAUUGAUGCAGCCCAGUAAAUUCUCUAAGAAAACCAAUAGUUAUUCUGUCAAUCAUACACCAAUGCAGUCCAGUAGAAUUUCAGAAAAAAUGGAUGAUUCUGUCAAUCUUACAUUGAUGCAGCCCAGUAAAGUCUCAGAGAAAACCAAUAGUUAUUCUGUCAAUCAUACAUCAAUGCAGUCCAGUAAAAUUUCUGAAGAAAUGGAUGAUUCUGUCAAUCUUACAUUUGUGCAGCCCAGUAAAGUCUCAGAGAAAACCAAUAGUUAUUCUGUCAAUCAUACAUCAAUGCAUCCCAGUAGAAUUUCAGAGAAAAUGAAUGAUUCUGUCAAUCAAACAUUGCAGUCCAGUUCAGAUAUGCAGAAAUACUGUAAUUCAAAAAACCAUACAAUAACUGAAGAAUAUAAUUCUCAAAACUCUGUCAUGUCGAAGACCAAAGAUUCAGUUUUCAAUAAUUUGGAUUUCUUUUUUGACCAAAUAAGAUCAUCGAAAAAACCAACUCUCAGUAGACUGAGGGUAAGUAAUUUAUUAUCUAAAAAAUAUAAUAUGCAAAUUAUAUCAUAUAAAACUGUUAUGUGUAGCAGCAUAUAAACAAAUGGUAUAUUGUAGAGAACCUUAUGGAAAUCGUGUUCUCUGAUUCGCUCUAAUCCCAACAAGAUAAUAAUUUCAUUAUUAGUUUGUAAUAAGUGUUUUAUGUUUUAUUCAUAUUAUUUUAUUACAUUAGCCUUGUAUUGAUUUUACAAAGAUGUUUAUUUUAUGUGUACACAUUUUCUACCAGAAAGCUUACUCCAAUGUAUAGGAUGUAGACCCUUUUCUGAAAGGAAAUUUUCUUGGGGUGGUAUUUUUUACUAGGGCAGGAUAUUUUUCGAUUUUGUUAGGAGUUUUCUCAUCAAAUGUAAAAAAACGGUAAAAUAUACAUAGUAUAUUAGUUAUAAUACAAUUUUUUUUAAUUUUUAAUUUAAUUAAUUUUUAAAAUGUAUAUAUUUAAUUUUUCUAAAAGGAAAUCGACUGGGCAGGUACUUUGAGGUAAUUUUUCAUUUUUUCCAACAAAUGUGAUAAACCGGGGAUAAAACACUAAAAAUCAGCACAAUAUUAUUAUUAAACUAAUAUAUUAAAGAAAAUAUAUAGUGCCUAUCUAAUUAUUUUACCAUAAUAUGACAUAUUACAUACUGUUGACAAAGCAUCACUAUAAACUGAACUUUCUGCUCAGAAUUGUUUUUUUUCACUAGCAAUAGUUUAUUGUUGUUUACAGAUAUACAUUAAAUUCCCUUCUUUAUCCUACUUUCCUUCACACCUACAACAGUGGCUGCACUCACAUGCAAAUUAUGUCUUGUUUUUUAUUUAUUUUCUUUUUCAAAGGAUAAGAUUUGAAUUUUUAAUUCAUAUUAUUAUUAUUUUUUUAUUUAGGACUUCUACGAUAACUAUUUUAAUUAUUAAAAACUGAUCAGUAACAUUAAAUUAUAUUAUUUGUUGUUAUGAAUAAUAAUUAAUGCUAUUAUAAUUUGUUUUUUUUUUUUUUAAGUUGAUAACAGAUCAAUGAAAACAAAGUAUUGUAAUUUAUACAUACACUGUAGACUGUGAAGGCAAAAAUGAUUAUCUAUGAAUGUAAUGUGUAUACUAAAUUUUGUAAUUUAUUUAUUUUCAUCUAAUGAGUUCUUCUAUUUAAAUUUUUAUGUAGCAUAUAGAAUAAUGUCUUUAAUUGUGAAACAAUAUUUAAUCUUAAAAUAAUAAUUUGAUAUUAAAUUUAAUACUUUAAAUUUUAAUAAAAUUUAACACUUCUUUACUUUUUACAAACUGAAACAUUUAAAAAUCAUAACUGAUAAUUAAAUUGUUAUUUUAUUGGGAUUAGAUUCAAUCGGACCACAGGAUUUCUAUAAGUUCUCUAACAAUGUAAACUUUGCUUAUAUGCUAACAGUUAACAGUGUAGUCUACUGAUUAACAAUAACCUGGAAUGUCUACCUACCUACUUGAUAAUAGUGUCUAACUUCAAACAUGUUAUCUACUAAAUAUAAUAACAAUCAGCUUUUUUUUUGAAAAUUACUAUAAUUUUAGAGGGGGCUGAUAUUUUAUAAUAUUUAAUUGUAUAUCAAAGCCGCUUUCUUUAAACUUGCAAAAAUCAUAUUACUUAAAACACCAUGAAAAAUGUAUAUGUGAUUUAUUUGAGAGAUCUUAUUACAUAGGUUAUAAUUAUAACCAAUGUAUAUUACAUAUACGAGUAGCUAUAUAUUAUAUUAGCCUUUUUUAAUUUUUACUUUAAAAAUUUAAGAAAAAUAGUUAGAUUAAAAGUUGAUCUUAUCACCUAAAUAAUUUAAUUAAUACCAAUUAAUUUUAAUAACAAGAUUUAAAUUUACCAAUUUUAUUUUAUAAUGUUAUAACUUAUAAGAAUUAUUAAGAAAAACAAAAAUACAAAUAUUUCUUUAUAGCAACCACCUAGUUACAAUAAAAUAUAUUAAAAAUUUAAAAACAAAAGACUACUUAUUUUCCAUAAUGGGUGGGGCCCGUCUUACAAUUGGCUCCCUGUUGUAGGACAGAAAUUAGGAAAGUAAGAUAUAGAGUGGAUAUUAAUGUAUUAAUGUAUUCAGUUAUUCAUAUUAUGAAAGAUCAAAAUUUGAUGUUAAAAUUCUUAUUAUAAUAAUUAAUAAUAUAAACAUUUUUUUAUUUUUACCUCAAAGUACUACUUAUAAUGAAUCUCCUGUUAAAUGUUGAAAUGUUUUUCUUAAUUUUAAUUGAAAGUUAGGAUACAUUAUUAUAUACUAUAUAUUAUGUAUACUUCUGAUUAUUUAAAGUGGUGUUCAGUGAUCACUGACCAGUUUAUACUGUUUGAAUUAUAAAAUUGCAUUAAGAUUAUUUGUGAUGGAAUUGUUCAUAGAAAUGCUACUGAUGGUAGUGGUCAUGUCGCAGAGAACUACUAUUUUGAAACUUGUCACUUUUUUUUACAUGGUUGAUCAAUUUAAACAAAUCACUUGUUUUACAUUUUAAGGUUUAAAUAUUGAUAGGUAAUAUAAAUAAUUAUCUUGAUAAUUAUAAUAUUUAUCUUAUUAUGCUAUAUUGUGUGUAUGUUUUUUUAAGUUCUGAGCUGAGUGAGGAAUGUAUUGGUUUUACUAAAAAUCUUGCUUUGAUAUAUCAAGUAUAGCAUCUUUUCUAAAAGAAAAUUUUGUCUAGUUGAAGUAUUAGGGAACAUAUUUUUUGAUUUUUAAAGGGGUUUUCACAAUAACUGAGAUAUAAUGAUAUAAAAAAACUCCUGAAAAAGUGGAAAAGUUCGAUAUUUUAUUGAAAUUUUUGUGUGCUUUCAACUUCAAUUAAAACAAUAUUCUAAGAAAAAAAAAUUAGUUUACUUUAUAUUCAAUUAUUAUUUGAACAUUUUAAGUAGAUACAGCAACCUGAACAUAAAGGAUUGAUGUCUAAAAAUAACUUUUUAUUUCGGUCUCUAAAUCCAAUUGAAAUUUUUUUCAAAAAUUAAAAACUAAUAUUUUAGCAUUUGUAUGGUAUAUAUAAACAUUUAUUUAAAAUCAUGUGAUAUAUGAAACACUCAAUGUAUUAUAUUUUUUUGUCUUUAUUAUUACUGAUAUCUAUUUUUCUUGUUAUUUUCUCUUUGUAACUAUCCGGAUACAAUGUACAGUUUUGAUUUUUUUUUCUAGAUAUUUUUUUUUUUUUUUAAUGUAUUAGUACAAUAAUAAAUGCAAAAUUAUUGGUUUUGUUUCCAUUGCCAUUAAUAUACAGGAUAACCAUCCUAUUCAGGGGGAUUCACUAAGCAUGCUCACCCCAUUUUUUUGGUUAAAUUUUGCAUAUAUUUAAAUUAUGUUUUUCAAAAUUUUUAAGUGUAGUUAAAGUUGAUAUUUUCGAAUACUUAGAUUUUUUCCAUUAUUUAAGGAGUAUCAUGCAAUAACACCAACUUAGGUUUUUCAAAUGAAAACCUAUAUUAAAAAUUCCAUAAACAGAUGAUUAAUGUAUUAUUUUAAAUAAAUUUAACACUUCAAAAUUCCAAAAUUCAGAAUUUGAAUUUAUGCAAAAUUUAACCAAAAAACAGGGUGAGCACACUCAGGUAAUUACCCUGUAUAUACUCAUUGUUUUUGUUUUACAGGAACUCAAACGUGUACAAUUGUAUACAAUAGACACUGUUCAAAUGUUGUAUGACAUAGCUAAUGAAGAAGACUUUACUGUCAACUACGAAUCGUUUCCUAAUCAUGUUUCAAGUAAAAUAUUUGUUUAAGGUUUAAAUUAAUAAUUAAAUUAUUUUUAUUUUUUUUAGGCACAAUAAGAGUUAAGGUAAAUCUAUCUGUUUCACCAACUUUAAUACAUUUGGGUAAUGGAAAGACAGCUAUCAAUGCUUUUAGGGAAGCUUCAUUUAAUGUUCUAGUGUACUUGAAAAUGAUUAUGGAUAAAUCAAGUCCAUAAAAGCUAUUAUAUUCAAAUUGACAUUCAUACUUAAUUUUUAUUGUUAAAGCAAUUUAUUUAUGUUUGAUAUAACUUUCUUCUGAUCAAUAAAGUAAAGAUAUAAUAUUUUUAAUUUCUGAUUGUAUUAUGUAAUAAUAAUAAUAUAUAAUUAUAUAAUAAUAAUUUAAU